AUGUGCCACGCCCACUCAGGACAACAACAACAUCCUGCGCGAUUACCACUUACUUUUCGCCAUGUCCGACCGCCGCCUUGCUCAAGUGCUCCGCAGCUGCUGGGGACUUACGGCCACGGGUUAAUUUGCAAGAAUCAUGAGGGAGGUGAUGGUCGAUUGCUGCACCAAAGAUGUCGAUUCCUGUUUUGGAAUGCUGGUCGCCUGUGGACACACCUGGCUUGGCUGGAGCCCGAGUGCGAAAGGUGCCACGUGCCGGCGACGCCAGCGCGUGUCUGGGAAGCCCGGCCGUGGUAUAUGAAGACAGCCGACAAAUCUGCCAGCAAUGGUCCCUGGCAGGGCGACGAGUCUCCCAACGAAACGGAGAGCCGGAAAGCCCCAAGAGCAUGAGCGCAGAGACGGCCGCGGCUCGCGCGGUGUUAUUCUGCGCGGCUGCGUACGGAGCAGAGGUGCCCGGCAUCGGCUGCGCCACGUGGCUUGCUGAUUGCCAGAAAAUUCUGCUGCACUUGGGCGGUGUCCUAUAGAAGGUGCUCCUGCCUGUGUCCUGUUCGGGGUUUUGCGUUCCACGACAGCGUGGAGACGAAGAUCUAGGGGCAGCCUCAUAGCCAAGUCACCAGGGCACAAGACAGUGAAGGUGCCGCCUCGCUGGACUCACUUCUACGGGCCAGUUGAGACAUCAGCAACGCUGAAACAUGUUUUCUCUUUGUAUGAUUUACUUGUUCUCCACCUUCUAAUAAACUACUCGAGGAAAGGA